UAGGUGUAUACAUUUUACAUGUAUGGUCGUGCCGUAAUAUGUAUUUAUGUAUAUAUAUAUAGUUAAUUACAAAUUACAAAACUCGCGUUAAACGUACGGCGAUUGACAAGAGAAAAUGAAGGCAUUUCAUUUUUUUUUGUCGUCACUUACCAUUAUUUUCUGUUGUUCAUCGCCGAACAACUUGUCGUAAACUUACGACUCCGUUCACGACUCUUUUUUUAAAUUUGAUCUGGACACGGGAAAGUUUCAAAAAAAAAUAAUUAUAAAAUAAAAUUGAAUCGUAUUUCGCCACUCGUUUUCUGUUCGCUGACAAAUCCGUAAAAUCUGUCGAAAAUUCCAAUCAAAAUCUUGAUCAAACGGCUUACUGUUUCUAGCUUAUGACAAUGCAGUUCUUAAGACGACAAAAAAAUCAAAAAGAAUAGCAAAAAUGAAUUUUUCUGAAGUGUAUGUUUUCAUACUUGAAUCAUAAGAUAGAAUAUAUUUUACUUGAAGUUGACUGACAGCUAUUAUUUGUAGUAAAAUAAACAUAGAAUGUACAAUUGGAAAAAUGAUGUCUAUGGAGGUAAUGGAACUGUUCACUGCAUUAGAAUCCAACCAUCCAAAAGAAGUAGAAGAUGUAAAACAUAAGUUUCAUGAACAAUUUAAUAAUACACGAGAGCCAUGGCUAUUGAAUGGAAUGUAUGAUUAUUUUAUGUCAACGGGAUCACAAAGAGCUGUAGAAGUAUUAGUUGCUGUUAGAGAACCACAUGACAAACAUCUUUUUGAUAAACUUGGUGAGGGCUUACAAAGAGGAAAUCGUCUUCAAGCACUUACUUUACUGGGCCAUGUAGUAAAAAGGCAACCAACAUGGUUAAUUAAUAUAACAAACCAUAAUUUACUCAAAGAAUUAAUUAAACUUUUAAAGACGGAAAGUGAAAUAAUACCAAUAACUAGUGCUUUGCUUGUUCUAAAUGUUCUAUUGACUGUCAUUCCUGCACUAAUUUCUUCUUUUCUACCAGAAAUUUUUGAAGGAUUUAGUCGAUUGGCUGCAUGGAAUACUUCACAAAAAAAUAGAGUUCCAGAAAUACAUUUAUUCCAUCUUCGGAUAUCGUUGUAUGUAUUAUUUGUUCAGUUGUAUAGUAUGUAUCCAUGUUCAUUUGUGUUAUAUCUGAAGCAACAAUAUAGUGUAGCUGAUAACAAUUUAGUUUUCACUCAUACGAUUAAACCUAUGGUAGAAACAAUGCGUAUGCAUCCAAGUCUAAUUAUUAGUUGCAAAGAUGUGGAAACAUCAACAAAUAGGUGGAAGAAAAUGGAACAACAUGAUGUUGUAAUGGAAUGCACAAGAUAUACGUUAUUAGAAAAUGGGGAUAAAUGUUACCAAAAUGCUUCAACUUGGGCUAAUACUGGAUCAAGUUUUUCGUCAGCACUUGAUGUGUUAAAAUCAAGUAUCGGAGCUACUGGGGAUAUUAUCAGUGUAAAUAGUAUCAGAGAUAAAGAAUUAUGGAGUCCAAUGUUAAGUUGUGGAGAGUUUCAUAAAGAUAGUGUUAAAUCAAUGCCUACUACUCCUAAUAUACAGACAUAUUAUAAUGCUUCACUUUUCAAUCAUAACGAACAUUCACCUCCUGAAGCUGCUAUUGAAGCAACUCCUGAGACUACUCCUAUCAGGGAUGUUAUAUAUCAACAAUCAAGGUUGCCAUCUAUAAAUUCUACAGUAGUCAGAGCAUUGAAUUCAUUUGGCUUAGAAAAUUUAUCUAAACGUAAUUCAUCAACACCAAAUUCUCAACCUAGUUCACCAUUGAAAAAAGAAGGGUUUGUUUUUCCUUCAGAAGACAUCCAAUCACAAGCACUUGUCCGUAGAAUGGACAGAAUGAUAAUGGAACGUAAUCAGAUCACUGAAACAAGUAAAGAUGAUUAUAGUCCAGAAAUCAGAAUGUUGGCUCAAAUUCAAUCAACAAAUAAUCCCGAAAUAAUACAAACUGGAGACGAAGAUGCUAUUGAAUGUGAUCAACAGAGUAAUGGAUCACCCUGUCAAAAUUUUGAGGGGGGAUUGCAUAUGCCUGAUUCUACUUCAUUAAAAGAAUUUGUAAAAACUGUUCGAACGAGAAGACGUUAUCAUAGUCAAUGUACUCCAGAGAAGACUGUUAAUGAUACUGGACAAAGUACAGGAAGUAGUCCUAAGAAAGGGCCAGAAUUUUCAUUGCUCAGUAGUGUUAGACGUGCAAAUUCAUGCCCUGAAAUAAAAAAAACAAAUGGAAGUAGUAUUUCUUCUGGUACUUCACCGUUACAAGAAGAAACUGAAGAAGACCAUGGAGAUGAUAUAAACAUUAGUAAUGGCCAUACUAGGGAAGUACCAGAAAAUAAUCUAAAAGUAGAUAAUCAUGAAACUAGAGUACUGACUGUGUCUACUCAAACAGAACAUAUUUUACCUUAUGAACAUUUGUUUUACAGUAUAUUUCCUGCAUAUAAUGAUCCAAACAGUAGCAUUAAAAGUCAACAAAACAAUAGUCAAGAGGAUGAAUCUUUAUCUUUAAUUGAAAAGUAUGUACGGACAUCGUCUAUAGUACUUCAUCAUCGUCAAACUGCACAAUCUUGUGAUGAUAUUAAAUUACUUCAAGAUCAAAUCACCUUGUUGACUUUACAAUUACAAUUUGAACGUAACCGUAGGGAAGUUCAUGCUGAACGUAACCGGAGACUUUUAGGUAAAUCGCGAAGUAGUCGAGCACUUGAUGAACAUAAUUCAGCUUUAAAAGAUCAGGUUUUGAUGCUACAGGUUGAACUGGAGCAAGUAACAUCAGGAUUUGAGAAAUUCAGACAAAACUCAUUAAAGCAAGUUAAUGAACUUAAAGAUAGUGUAUCACAUUGGCAAAAUGAAUGUUUAAAAUAUCAAGAGGAAACUAAAGAAGCUAAGAACAAUUGCUUAAAAUUAGACCAACUUUAUAAUGGGGAGAGAGUAAAGACUGCUGAUGUUACUAAACAAUUAUCUGAAACUAAAGCAGAGCUGUUCAAUACUUUAAGUGAAUUAACUAUUGUGCAAGCUGCAGCUGAUAUUAGUAAAGAACUAAAAAAUACAGUGACAAAUUUGCAACGCGAACUAGUCAUGUGUGGUGAGAUACAAUCUCGACAGCGAGAUGUAGUUACUCAUGUAAAUGCUCUUAGGUAUGAUGCCACUAAUGCUAUGUUGAGUCAAGAAUCAUACAAACAUAAUUUAAAUGAGCUUCAAGACAUGUUGUAUCAUAAGUCUGCAUUAUUGGAAGCAUCUAAUGCUCGCAUUGCUGAUCUAGAAGUGAAAUUAAAUACUAAGGAUGCUUGUAUGCAAAAAGAUAAAAAUGAAAUAGAGUUGAUAAAAGAACAAUGUAAUAAACAACUAUCUGCAUUAAAAGAAGAAUGUAGGGUUUUGAAAGAAAUGAAAUGUCAGUAUGAAGAAAAUAAGGAAGAAGAGUAUUUUAAGAAAAAAUUUCUUGAAGACUUACCUAAAUUUAGUUCUGACAUGGUUAUGGUUGACUCAAAUGCUUCAGUUAGUGAUCAAGAUGCAAAAUUUAGGCUUAGUAUGAUGGUGGAUGAAGGAAAUUGUGAUGACGCCUCUGUUUUAACUCCAAAGUAAAAAUUUGAUCUCAAUUGGACACAUAACAUCAUUAAUAAAAUGGAUUUUAGUGUUCUGUAUACAAGGAUACUUCAAUUAAUUAAUGCCUAAAUUUUCAUUGAAUAAUUAUUAUUUACAUUAACUAUAAAUUUAUUUUCCAACACUAAUUGUUUUUAAGUUUAAA